UGACGACUGAAAACGAUUUGUCUCGCGGCCAUCGUGCAUUUUCAGCAUUUUUUUUCCGUCUGCCAUUACAGAGAAGUAAAUUCGUUUAAUUCACGUAAAAAGUGCUAAUUUCGGCGUCUGAUCUACCGUCGAUUGGUACAGAAUGGCUCGAUCAAAAAACCGCUCGCAAUCGGUCGACUCGGAUAAGGCGGAGAAAAAACAGCGCGGCAGGGAAAAAGAACGCAAGAAGCGGAACUCCAGCAGCAGCGAUAGCAGUUCAUCGGACAGCAGCUCGUCCCGCAGUAGUUCUGGUUCUCGGUCCAGCUCUUCGAGCAGCAGCUCGUCGUCAUCAAGUUCUUCAUCAUCCUCUAGCAGUGGAGCAGAGCGAUCGCGUACCAAGCGCAAGACCGCGACUCGUUCACGUAGCGCUAGUCCGGCGAAGGAAGCUCCUAAGGAAGUUAAGGCACCCAGACCGAAGUCGAAGGAACGCACGGAUCGUCGCAGUUCGGAACGUGACAAUGACAAGGAGAACAAACAAACCAAGGCAUCCUCCCCGGAGAGAGGCGCGGUCAAAGAUGUACGCAGUCGUAGAUCCCGUUCGGGGUCAUCCAAGCGGCGGAGGAAGGAACGUUCCGUAACGCCACGACCCACAAGAAUACACGUUGGUCGUCUAACCAGGAACGUUUCGAAGGAACAUGUUCUGGAAAUCUUUGGCACGUUCGGGGAGAUCCGCACCGUAGACUUCCCCUUGGAUCGUUUUCAACCGUUUGGACGAGGUUUUUGCUAUAUUGACUAUGCAACACCGGAGGGUGCAGAAAAUGCAACCAAACACAUGGCCGGCGGUCAAAUUGACGGACAAGAGGUCACAGCCACUGCUAUCCUGGUACCGAAAAGUCGCCCUCCGAUGCGUCGUCCAUCGCCGGUAAUGCGGAAUAAUCGACCUCCGCCUCGUUGGCGUGGGUCGCCAAGGCGCUUUCAGCGUCGGUCUCCGAUAAGACGUAGCCCACGGCGCAGGCGCUCUCGCAGUCCGGUAAGACGGCGACGUCAUAGCAACAGUUCUGAUAGUUCCCGUUAAACGGACGAUUCAAAGAUAUAUGGAAAUUAUUGUGAGUGUGAACACAGGUUGGUUUGUGUGUGUUACGCGAUCACUAAAAUGCAUACGAGAAAAAUAUUAACGCCCUUUCUUAAAUGGAUAAGAGAUCAUUAACAAUACUUCUGCGUUGGACAGGAAGAAUGGUUCCUGUCUUAAUUGUAGUAAUUCUUAUGUCAUAAGAACACAUUAAUGUAUGGAAAACUUGGUUUAAUAAAGAAUAAAUUUCAAGUCGAAA